AUGACCUCCCAGGUCCCUCAGACUGCCCAGAGUCAGGAAACAAGUCCAGACGCCUCCAGACCCGCUGCCACCACCGUCUCCGUUGCCCAAAAUGCCUCGGGAGGACAGUCCGCCGCCGCCGCCGCCGCCACCACCGAACUCGCCAGUACAAAGAUAGGCCUCUAUGAUGCCCUCCGGCGCUUCGUCGAUUUCCCGAUCAAGGGCAUCGUCUUCAUCGAUAUCAUGCCCAUCUUCCUCGACCCUGCUGUCCAUGCCAGUCUCCUCCGCGCGCUUGAACUCCAAGCCCUGCACUUUUCACCCGCUGUUACCGCCGCCCCCAACACCCCCUGGGUUGACGUCGUCGUCGGUCUUGAUGCCCGUGGCUUCCUGUUCGGCCCUGGCCUGGCCCUGCGUCUUGGCGCCGGCUUUGCGCCGGUGCGCAAACAGGGCAAGCUGCCGGGCUCAUGCGUGACGGCCAGCUACGAGAAGGAGUACGGCACCGAUUACUUCCAGAUCCAGGAGGAUGCCAUCAAGCCCGGCCAGAAGGUCCUUGUUGUUGACGACAUCAUUGCGACGGGCGGAUCGGCUGCCGCUGCCGGUGAACUUGUCCGGAAACUCGGCGGUGAGCUCGUCGGCUACAUGUUCAUUCUGGAGAUCUCCUUCCUCAAGGGCCGCGAGAAGCUCGGCGAUGUACCUGUGAUCACUCUGCUCGAGGAGGCGGAGUAG